AUCUGAUUAGAGGGGUCUUCUACCGACAUGCGGGCAAUCGGUAUAAAGAUACUCUCCACAACAUGAAGCCGGAUAAAAAAGAGGGCAGUGUUAGUGCUGAUACUUGGGCGUCAUGGAAGCGAGACUGGGAUACUGCUGAGGCUAAGAAAAAGUCCGAUAUAGCACGAGCUAAUCGGAUGAGUGAGCCGUCCGGAGCUGGCACCGGACCUGUUCGACAUACCGCAGGAUCGCGAUCGGCUACGAGGCAUAAGACAGUUAUGACUGAGGAGCUUGGUCGAGAGCCCACUUUGGCUGAGUUGCAUGUACGGUUGCACCUGACCAAAGCAGAUCGGACUGUCUUUGUUGACAAGAGAUCAAAGGAUAAAAAUGACCGUUUUCAGGCAGAGCUUGCUGCAGCAACACAGUCUCAGGCAGCUGGAGAAGGGAGUUCGUCGACUCCAGAGCCGAUCGACGAGAACGAGCUGUUUUUGUCUCUCGAGGCAGUCAAGAAGCAGCGAGUCUACGGUAUUGGAUCGGCUUCAGCAUCUUACAUCGGCCAGAGCAGCGCUAGCCGAUUGCGCCGCGGCGGAUCAUCCCAGCAGGGGAACGUUAGUACUGAGGACAUAGAGCAGCGUAUUGCUAGGGAGGUUGAGGAGCGGCUCGAGCAGCGGAUUCGUACUGUGGAGGCGGGUUUCGAAGAGCGGGUCGAGCAGCGGAUCCGUAGUGUGGAGGCGGGUUUCGACGAGCGGAUCCGUACUGAGCUUGCGCGGCUGAUGACUACACUCCCACCCGAGUUACGCCCGCAGUUCCCACCACCCCCACCCCCUCCUGCUGAUGACACCACCAGUUUAGAGUAGGCUUGUGAUACACUUGGACAUAUUUAUGUUUUUUGUUCGUAUACUUUAAUAUUAAUGUUUUUUGUAUGCUUUUUGA